UUACCAAAAUGGCGGAAGAAGCGGUGACUGAGUUUGCCGAAAUGGCUGUGGAAAUGCAACCAGUUGGCAUAAUAAGUGCUACAUCAGCAUCAGUCACAGUGCCAGCACACUUUGUGGACCAGGUGUCUACACUAGAUGUAAAUCAACUAGCAGCCCAGGAACUGGCUCAGCUUGCUUCGACACCUAUUGGCAAUAAUGUGAACCAGGUGGCCAGCCAGGUGCAGGUGGCAAGUGAAGUUACCUCUGAACAGCCACCUCCACAGCCGUCUCAGUCCGGAGGGUAUCCCAUCUAUCUCUAUCGCUUAUCCGAACAUGCAGCAACGCUGCUGAAGAGCCUAGACAACAUGCGCAAUGAUCCAGACUCAUGCGAUGCCAAAAUCACGUGCAGAGAUGGUCCACCUAUGUUUUCACACCAGUAUCUCCUGAUUGCCUGCAGUCCGUAUUUCAAACGGCGUUUUCGAUCUGGUGGUGAAAUCAACAUAGAUCUUCCAAGUCAACCAGUGAAGCGUAUCUUAGAUUUCAUAUACACCGGUGAGAUUAGUAUCAAAUCUGAGGACGUGUUUCCCCUCCUUAAAGCUGCUGAGACAUUGAUGAUUCAGAGCCUAAUGGAUAUCUGUGUGGACUACAUGAAAACUCACAACAUUGGCCUUAAGCCUUCAGCAGAUGGAGUGACACCUAAUCUUGAAGAAGGUUGGAAUUUAGACUUGUGCAAAGACGAGGGGAGUUCUGAUAAGCCAUUGACAUUGAGACAGCAGGAGUCUGCUGAGGCAGAGGAGUACAGUGACGAAGAAUAUGAAUAUGACGCAGUCAGUGGUAAGAGGAAAAGACGAAGGUCAAGUAACCCAUACCCAUGGGCAUGCCCGCACUGUAAAUUCCGCACACUUUCAAAGAAACGCCUGGAAGAACAUGUUGCAAACCAUUCAGCAGACUUUGCAUACAAAUGCGCUCUUUGUACUUUCACAGCUAAAAGCAAUCAGAGUUUAGUGAAACACAUCAGCAGUGGGCACACCACUGAGGAGUUGAAAAAUCUCCCACAAAAUGCUGACUACAGUUGGAUGUACCCUCCAGAGCAGCUAGAUACCUCGAAAAAGGCUUCAAUAAAGGCCAAGUCCACCAAGGCCCUGUUAGCCAUGAACUCUGGGGUGGAGGAGGAGGAGCAGUUCGUUAUCAGGAUAGAGGCAGCACCCCCUGCUCCUGUCGAAUCUCUCGACCACCCACAGCAGCAACAACAGGAGGGGGAGGGGGAAAACCAGGACCAGGAGACACUGAAACAGGCGCACAUGCUGAUGUCAGCAGGGCAGGGGGAGGGGGACAAUGGACAUGUUUUACUGGCCACAGAGAACUGUGACUCUGGAGCAAAUGGGAAUACGAGUCUAGAGGCCGUAUCAGAAGGGUGAUAUUGGAUUUGAAUAGGAGAAUACGUAGAGGUCUAUUGAAAGUAUAGUGAGUGGGAAGCUUAACCUGAUGUCAAAAAGGACAUUAGGCAGUGGAGUAUAAGAUGGAGAAGACUGUGACAUUAUGAGAAGGAUUAAAAAGAGGAACUUAUACAAGGGCAGCACAGGUCAGGAAGGGUAACAUGUUGAUAGUGGUGACCAGUGGGCUUUGUUGUGUCUCGCAACUGAGUUGCAUGACAAAUCAUUUUUCCUUUUUUUUUCCUGACAAAUCAAGCACAUUUAAGUGGCAGCUGUCAAAAAGGUAACAUUGGCCUACAGAAUGAGGGUGCCAUGGGGGAUGGUCGAUACUUGGACGAUAGUGUGUCAGAAAAAUAUCAACUUUUUGGCACUUGGAUGACACUGCAUCGGAAAGUUGACAGAGGGGAGGCCCUUUGACAUUUGGAGGAUACUAUGUCAUAAUGUGAGUUGAGGGGUGACACUAUGUGAAAGGUUGACAGAGUAGCCAUAUGUCAACAUGUGACAAGUUACAGUGAGUUGACAUUGUAUCAAGGUGACAUAGGCUUUGUAUUUGACAGUUGGGGUAAGAAAAAAAGAACACACUGUCAGAACGUGGCAGUGAUAGAAGUAGAGAUGAGUGUGUGUGUGUG